AUGUCGCGGCGGGCGUUGGUCCUCGAUGGGCUGUGGUACUCGCUUUGUCCGUCAUUUACAGCUCUGAGUCUCAGUCGUUCAACGGCAUUCCCCAAAUCCAAGGGUCGAAACCCGCUAUACCCACUACCUUCGAUUCCUAGCCCGAGCUCAGGUUCGCGCCGAUGCUACAACACCUCAGGCGGCGAUGAUUCCAAAUUCUCAUAUAAUGCAGCACAUCAUAAUGAUUGGAGCGAAACACGGGAGCCACGUGAGAAUGAAUUCCGUGACACUCGCCUAUCUCCAGAUCCAACAUACGCCAGGCCACAUCCACGACGAAAGAGCCCGCUAUACACACGAACACAUAAGGUGCAAGACGACCUUCUAGGUAAAACGAACGAAGGGCUCGAGUCGCGAUUACAAUAUGCAAUGGACAACAAGCCGAACAUUCGACACAUAACGCAGAUCCUACGACUUCUCAUUCGGGACCGCCAUGUCAAGCCGAAUGCUCGCCACUACAAGGCGCUGAUUCUUGCAAAUACCGAUAAUGAGAGGGGCUCGCCGGAGCUUGUGCGAGGUCUGCUGGAGGAAAUGGAGAAUAAUGGCAUCACCGCAGACUCUGGGACACUCCACGGUGCAUUGCAGGUCCUAGCUGUACAUCCGGACUACCUCCUACGACAAGAAAUCCUCAACAAGCUCCGCGACCGAUGGCUCACGCUGAGCCCAGCCGGAUGGCAUUUUGUGGCGGCUGGUCUUCUCCGCGAGAACCAGAUCGAGCUCGCGCUCGAGCACGUUGCAUUGAUGCAGCGCAAGGAUAUAUUUGUGGAAAACUGGCUACACAGUAUAAUUGUCUACACGCUUUGCGACCACGGAGAGCUGGAUGAAGUGUACGAUGUGAUGCGUGCGCGCGUCGACCAGGGCCACGACAUGACCCAUCGGCUUUGGAUGCACGUGUUGACCGAGGCAGGGAAGCACGGCCAUUACCCCAUGGCACACUACGUGUGGCGACGGAUGGUAGAGCUGGGCUACAUGCAUCCGCUCAUUGAAGUCUGCGAUGACGUAUUGAAAAUGGCUGCAAAUGCUGGUGAUACGGAGAUGGCGAGCUCUGUGUUCCGUUACCUCGGUGAGAGUGGGAUCCCGCUCGAGCGCACACAGUAUGAAAGACUUGUCGAGACGCACGUGACAGCGGGCAAUCUGCCUGCUGCGUUCGAAGCGCUUUGCACCAUGCACGAAGCUCAUAUUCCCCUAACAGAUAGCUCGACGGAGCGUGUUCUUGCACAUAUGAUACAGAGUAAAGUUGAUCGUCGGGAGGCGUGGCAGAUUCUCAAGCGGUUGAAGAAUGCGAAACGAACCAUUCCCAUCGGCUCUGUACGUGUCAUCGCGGAUCUCUGUGAACAUGAUGCCCAUGAUGAUCCAUCUGUGGUGGACGACGGUGUUGGGUUCUACAAAGAGCUUUAUACAUUAUGCCCGGAAGGCGCCGACGUCCGAGUUUACAACGCGCUAAUUCGGAUGUGCCGAACGGCCCGCAACCGCGAAUCGGGCAUGUUCCUGGUGAAAGAGAUGGCAUCACUUGGAGUGGUACCGAACGGUGUUACAUUCGAGUCUAUCAUCCUGAUGUGUUUGGAUGCAGGGAAUUUCCGGUCCGGUUUCAUGUACUUCCAGGACCUGAUCAAGCGGGACGCCAGUCUCAGCCCUGAAACGCAGGCGGAAAUCCGUGAGAUCUGUGCGGGGUCUGUGGACGAGUUUGCGAUGCGACUGCAAUAUCACCCUCUCAUUCGGGACGAUGUGAAGAAGCUAGAUGAGGAGCUACAGCAGAAACAGAGGGAAAAAGAAGCGAACGAGAAAGCCGGUUGGCACCCUGUACCGCCAGCGGUUCGUCGGCUGAGCAUGUCGGACGAGCAGCGACGUGAUUAUAACAAAGAGCGUCGAAAGAAGAAACGCCGUCGUCUGGCCAUUGAGCAAAACAUGAGAGAGGAGGGCUGGGAUGAGUGGGAAGCCAGUGGCACCGACAAUGGCUCUGCCAAGCCCUAG